AUGCAAGUGUGGGAUAUAUACCAUCAUAGCCAUGUUGAUUCUAAUGCAAGUAAUAAAAACGUUAAAAGCUUAUCUAAGUUGGUCAGGGCAGAUAUAUCUGCCAUUGGCUUAGAUAUUCCUCUGAAAGCUAUUUGUAAUGUAGAAUUUCUUUGCAUUGACAAGUACCUGAAUGACAUUCCAGUUUUUCUCAAUUUAACUCAUUUGGAGCUUGUUUGGUGGCGUGGUAUGAACUGGCAUUUGGCACUUGCAAUGCUCAAGCAGUGCUCUAUGCUUCAAAGUUUUUUCCUUGAUAUGAUCACAAGUACUGCUGAUUUGAUUUGGAUUUCUCCCUGUUUUGUUCCUGAAUGUCUUUCCUCACAGCUUAGGAAAUGUUGUAUUACAUAUUACGAAGGCAAGGAAAGUGAGCUGCAAUUUGUAAAAUAUAUUUUGGAGAAUUCAAGAGUUUUACGGACGAUGGCAAUAUGCACUCUGUCUUCCUUACCAUUAAAAGUUGACAAGCUUAAACUGCUGAAAGAAUUGUCCUUAUGUCCAAGGAGUUCUCCGAUUUGUGAACUUUCAUUUAAAUGA